CAAUAGUAGUCCCACAGCACUCCCAAGGAUCUUUUGACAGCGAUGCUCCGGUCCUUUUGAGCCACUUCUACGAUACACUCAUCAAUCGCAAUCAUUCGUCCUCCCACUUACCUGUACAGUAAGGUAUCUAACUGUAUCACUCACCCCCCACCAAGAACCAUGCCGUGUGACCCAAGUUGGGCGCUGGCUGCGCCUCCAAUGGGACCAAACGGGCGUAGAAUCUAAGCCCAUUUGGCGACCCAAAAUGCGCAAACCCUAUUCCAACCGGAUGCGCCUCGACGACACGUUGCGAGCGCACACGGGCUGCCUCAGUCGGGCCAUACGGAUUGAAGAAGAAGGGUCAACCAUUAAGACCCACGCUUCAAGACCUGCGAAGAAGAGUUGCGCCUUGAAGCCGGAAAGAACUCUGUCAUCUACUUGCCAAGCUACGUCUCCCGCGGCCGGGAAUUCAUCCUGACGGUGCCUGAAACAUCAAGAUUACCAACUCAGGGGGCUAGAAUGAAUUCAAUAUGGAGUGGGCACGAUAUCCUAGCCUCUCACCUGCAGAGCCUCAACUUCUCCGCGACUCCUCUGACAGAGAGCAACAAGUUGAAGCAUUGGACGGGGAAGUGCUGGACAUUGGACUCGCGAUCGGGACAAUGGGCGCAAGAGCAGUCGCAGCAGCAACUUGGAGAUACACAAGCAGCCCAGGCACCGCACAGCCAACCCAACUGGCUCAAUGUCGUCGAUGCCUCAUCCUUUAACGAUGAUAAGUGGGAUGCCUGGCUUCAAAACCAAACGCUCCUGGAUGCUACGUCUUUGCCGCCGAGCGGUGAUCUUUCGGAAGAUCGUCUCUCUGUUGUUGUAACAUCACCUGUACAUCUUACGGGCUUCAACAGAACCCAAAGCGGGCCAACAGCCCUCCGAUACGUUUCCCUUCGACAGGACCGAUUCCUGUCCAUCCUUCAGAAGCUUGCCAUGCACCGAGGCUACCUCGCCUUGUUGGAGGAAGGUAGCCCCUGUGUUAUUAAGCGCAAGUCGACGGUACAGGGUCGAGCUUGUGAAGUCUACAUCUUGCGGACAUCCAACGGGGUCAAAGGCCAAUCCGCCAUCACAGUAACUCACUUCCCUGCUAUCACCGUCAGCCCAGAUCCCGCCUUGGCCACUACUGGCACAGGGGUAAAACUAGGAGCAAAAACCAACGCGCUCAUCGCGGGCUUCGACGAGGAGGACCUGGAGGUGCUUACCUCGUACCUCUGCAAUUUCUCCGGUACCUUCCCUUCGGCGGCCGCACGCCUCAUCAUCGCCUUCCUCGAAGUCGAAAAGAAGAAGCGCUUCGACUUGGUGCGCACCGCGGUCCGCGACAUGCAAGCCGUCAUCCACGAACUUACCAUCGAGCCCGUGGGGGUGAAACCCUCGAUGCGGCGCGCUCUGAAUAAGACAGUCGAUCUGUACUUUGGGUGGAACCAUCUGCGCACCGACGGGCUUGUGGCCUGGCGGGACCAGCUCAAGCUUCUGAGGGGACGGCUGGCGGCUUCUGGAUCUGAGCUGGAAACUCAAGGGGACCGGCGCGAGGCGGGAGGAGAGGCAUUAGGAGGAGGAGACUUGGAAGAUGAUGAGACGGCGGUGCUGGUGGAGUAUCUGGACCAGCUGACUGCCCGGUACGACCACCGAAUUGCCAGGUGUGAUAUGGUCCUGCAGGGGGCGUCGCUUGCCUACCAGAUGGAAACGACGCAACUCUCAAGAAAGGACACCGAGAUUGCAAUUGGCGAUGGCAAAACUAUGAAGGCCAUUGCUGUACUCACCAUGGUUUUUCUUCCCGGCACCUUCAUUGCGACGAUGCUGGCAGUCCCACAAAUUGAAGAAGCACUGAAACCGGAAAACAAUGCUAGCUUCUCAGACAGGACAUGGCUGUGGUAUAUCGUACUCGCCGUCCCCGUUACUGUUGUUGCACUCCUGGUUUACAUCUCUUGGGAGUACCUUUAUAAGAGAAAGUACCUCAAGAGUUUGUUUGGCGAAAGUGGCAGUGAGAAGAAUGACGAGGUCGAGAUGCUUGAUCUUGAGCGGGGGAGGGGAGGAGUGGCCCCUUGAUCCUGCUGGUGGCCAUAGGGGAGCAGGUGCUGCUUGGGGUUUGGCGUUCCUACUACAAUCGAUAUGAUACCUGGGAUGAUUUGAUCUUCUCCGAGCCAUGGGCGAUCUGGUCAAAGCUACUAGUAGAUGCCGGGCUUCCAUUUUGUUACUUCGUUGUCCACAGCUUAGGUACGCUCGAUUCGGAGGCUCCCCGAAACGUUGAACUUUGACGGAUCUGGAGAAUCCUAGGAGGCGGCAGUGUAACUCGAAGGGCAAACAGUCGUGCAACACCCUUAUGUUUUCCUAAGCAAAAGUUCCGAGGGACGCUGCGAAACAGCUUCAAACCACUCACUGGGACUCGUCCUUGUCGACCGAUCCCAAGCUCAAUGCAAGCCCAAUUGUGCCUGGAAGGAGGCUUUAUGAGUGAGCAUACCUGAGCC